AUGUUGAGGACGGGCGACACUAGGGUACGUUGCGGUGAUGUUCUAUUUGGUAAGCGGCUUCACACGUCUUCGGUUGUGGUGGACACUUCGACUGCUCUUCAAUUCGACUUCGGGAUCCUGACUUCCCAAAUCGGAGAAUAUAAAGAUUUCGGUGAAGAAGGCGCGAGGCAGAUGUCUGAGGUGAAGUCGGUAGAGCCGAGCUCGUCCAGCACUUCACAUGCGACCACCAAAAAGAAGCGCGGAUUCAAGCGGUCGGCCAAGUCGAAGGAUUCGAAGACGUCCUCCGCAGAACCAACAGCAAAAGCUAGCGAUUCCAAUGAAGCCGCCAACAUUGAGAACAAUAAGGAAAACUCCACUUCACAAAAGAAGCGUCGACAUAGCAAAAAGAAAUUGAAGGAGAAGCUCAAAGAAGUGAACCAGAAUAUUCUGAACAGCGCACAGUCAACAUCUCCAACGAGUACAGUCAGUCCAAAUGGGAAUUCUUUGUUGGAGGAGUUACAGAAGAAAGGUCGCGAAAGUCGCGCAAAAGUGCGAACAGGCAAGGUGCCAGUGAAUGAAGUCAUGGGUCCAGGAUAUGGGCAGCAGUCUGCAGCUAUGAGAUCACAGUCAAAUGCUUCGAUAGGAAGGUCAAUUUUGCAGCGCCUUGUCGGAAAUAAUGUUGAUCCGGAAGCGAUCUUUAGUGCUGCUUUACGACAAAUGCCACAAGUGCCUGGCUUUCCUUCUAUAAUUCACCGUCCCGACGCAGGACCACAUGCUACCGUCUUUCGCCCUGAACUCUUCAAAACGACAAUGGAAGCCUAUGCUACAGCAGCAGCACAGUGUGGAUCAGAUAUAUUUGGAGCUUUUCGUGGUGAUGGAACCUACUGCCGUGACAAUCGACAAUGUGGCCGAGGAGCGUUGUCUCCUGACUUUUUACUACCGUGGGUGAACUUCUCUCCAAUGUUUCCACUUGAUCGAAAUAUGUCGUCUGCAAGUCAACGACCACCGCCACCAUCGUCACAUCUUCACCACAAUCAAUACAACCAUGCACCAAUCUAUAAGAAUGCGCAAGGUGGUUUGAAUUACCAUGGUGCUACACCUCCGAGAAGGACGGUAUCAACUGGAUCUGCGAAUUACAGACCACCAAAUAAUUAUCCAUCACGCUCCGCUGCUCGCAGUACUAGCAUGUCGAUGUAUCAAAAUUCAAGUCAGCCGGUUGGAGUGACAAGUAACCAGAAAACGAGGAAGCCAUAUUUUAUGCCAUAUAUGAGUCUUGAAGCUGUAACAAGAGGAUUAGCAAAUGGCGAUUUGGUGAAGGGCUCACUUCGUGUUAAUCAGCGCAAUUACGAGGAGUCCUAUGUGGACAAUCCGGACGGCGAUGACCAGCUUGAUCUUCUCAUUCUCGGAGUGCAUGAUCGUAAUCGUGCUUUACAUGGAGACGUUGUCGUAGUGCGCGUUAAAGAGAGAAUGAACUGGGUGAUUCGCGAAAAUCUCUAUCAAGCGUGGCGUGCUGGGCAUCUGAAUGUUUCGAGGGAAGAUAAUGGUCAGCCGAUAACGAUCCCGCCAGUGGCAGCUCCAAAACCGGAUGAUCUAAUUGAGGUACCCAUUGGUGGACUCACUGACCAACACAUCCGAAAAGCAAAUCUAAGUCUCACAAUACCUCCAAACAAAGACAAGAAGUACAGCAGGCAAGCAAUGGUCAUAAUUGGAGCGCAGCUGGAGCUAGCCCGUCGAGAAUGCAUGAUGAAGCAAACAUCCGAACCAAUCGUACAUCCCAGCCUUCCAUCUCCUGAAAUUCAGAAGAUUAUCGAUUCACUGUCGAUAGGACGCAUAGGAGAUUUGGCAACAUCUGCGAGUACCCAGCUAGCCAGAAAGAUCUUAAAUGUACCUAAGCGCACCCAGAGUACUUCCACUGGAAAACGAUCAGCAUAUAGAACUUUGUCGGAAAUGCCCGAUGAAGAUUGGGGCGUACCAGAUGUGUGCCUACAGAAAACUGCUGAGGUCAUGUAUAUUAUGGAAAUGAAGAAUUGCCGUGCAGCUAUGGGGCAGCUGAAAGUGAUGACGGAUGGUAACCGUAACUGGGCAUUAUUUUCUCCGACUGACUCUCGCAUGCCGAGGAUGAUGAUUCCGGCUGAUCAGUUACCGUCUGGAUUCUUUGAGAGACCACAGGAUUUCGCAAAGUUCAUUUUCGUUGCACGAAUGGUAGAGUGGCAAGCUACAGCUCAGUUUGCUCGCGGAAAGUUGGAACGCACUUUGGGAUUAGCCGGUGAUGUUGAGGCGGAGACAGAGGGUCUUCUGUUCGCCAACAAUGUUGAUACGCGAGAAUUUUCUGUCUCUGUUAUGCAUUGUCUUCCAAUUGCUGAAUCGAAACAAUGGACAAUUGAUGAGAAAGAAUUCAAAUAUCGCCGUGAUUUGCGUGAGAAUGUGAUCUUUACAAUCAGUUCGAGAGAAUCGCACGAGUUGGAUGAUGCGUUGUCUAUUGAAGAGAUUGAUGAUUGUGAUGGUAAAGGAACACCUGGAUUCGAGGUCGGUGUCCAUAUUGCUGAUGUCUCUCAUUUCGUUUUUGAUAACACUGAGCUAGAUGCUUGGGCCGCAAAUCGCGCGUGCACGGUCAAUCUUGUGCAUAAGUCAAUCCCAAUGCUGCCGCGUGUUCUUACCGAGGAUAUGUGCAGUCUGAUUCCUGGAAAAGACCGUCUUGCUUUCUCAGUUAUUUGGAAGAUGGAUAAGGAUGGUAUCAUUGUCGAAGAGUGGUUUGGGAGAACAAUUGUCCGUUCCAGAGUGCAUCUGGGAUAUGAGCAUGUGCAGGGAUUCAUCGAAGAUCCAGAAAAGACACUGGUUGACGAGGAUUAUCCACAGAUCCAUGAUGGGAUAUCAUUAUCGGACAUCAGAAGAAAGGUUAUGCAACUGCACAUGAUCGCUCGACGACUACGAUCAACGCGGGUCAAGAAUGGAGCAUUGCGAAUCGAGCAGCCAAAACUGGUGUUUUCAUUAAACGAGGACACGAAGAUGCCUUAUGCCGUGAAAGCAGUAGAGCCUCAAGACUCUCAUAAGCUAGUCAAAGAAUUUAUGUUGCUUGCAAAUAUCGCUGUGGCAAAGAAGAUUGAAGCCCACUUUCCUCAAACAGCAUUUUUAAGAAGGCAUUCUCCUCCAAAGCAGAAGGUUCUUCGUGAAGUUCUUGAAGUAUGUGAAAAGAUUGGUUUUCCUCUCGAUGCAGCAUCAUCGGCACGUCUUGCUUCUUCCUUGAGCAAGUUCCAAGGGGGCAACUCUCUGCUGCAGUCGAUCAACCAGGUACUUUCAAUGCUGUUAGCAAAACCUAUGCAAUCAGGAUACUACAUGUGCGCUGGCUCAGCUAAGAAGAAGGAAGAAUAUCAUCACUAUGCGCUGAAUGUACCAUUGUACACCCACUUCACGGCGCCUCUUCGUCGCUAUGCAGAUAUCAUCGUUCACAGACAACUAGCUGCCGCUUUGGGCUAUUGCCCACCGAUGGAUAAGACAAAGGAUGAACUAGAGAGGCUGGCUCAACACUGCAAUGACAAAAAACUCGCGGCGAAAGCUGUCAGUGAUUCUAGUGACGACACCUUCUUUGGUCUUGUCGUCAAGCAGAAUGGACCUAUCGAGGCUCGCGGUGUUGUGAUCAGCGUAAUGGACGCCUCAUUCGAUGUUUUGGUUUUGCAAUAUGGAGUUGUCAAGAGGGUCUACGUUAAUCGCUUGGACAUGGCUAGAGAUCCCAUCUUCAUUGACGGACCGCCGGCUCAGCUGACUCUAUUCUGGAAUCCCCCGCUCACAACAAUACAAGAGCGAAACAAUGCAGCUAUUGAGCAAACAAUCCAAAUGUGCACUGUGGUAGACGUGGUACUCACAGCGCUUCCGGAACCGACCAAAUACCAGGCUUUGAUCAAAAUGCGACCACAGUGGGAUACACAUACUCUGCUAGAAUUAAUGGAACAAAAAGAGUGAUUGCAAUAAGUGGUGAUUUUCAAUUUUAGUCAUAAAACUAUAUGAUUCCUAUCGAACAUUGUUUGAAAUAGAUUGUUUUCGCCAUCUUAUGAGAUGGUUUUUUCUUUGUAAUGUGUUGUUCAAAGUUAAGUAGUUUAGGUUUCUUAUUUUUUUCAAGAGAUAGAUUUAUGUAACGCUCAUGUAAAUAAUGGUUGUGCCUUCUUUUUGAAAAGAGUUGUAUUUGAGUCUAAUAACAGCCUUUGCGUUUGUGAUUUACAGACUAUGUUAAAAAAGACUAUGUUAAAAGUUUUACCAUAAUAAAUUUGAC